AUGUCAACCAAAAUUCUUUUACAGCUCCAUGGAUUACUCAUAAUAAUAAUGUUGCUCCUAAGCUUGGCAGCACCUUCCUCCGGUGCCCUCCAAGUGGGGUUUUACGAGGGAAAAUGUGGGUUUAGAGAUGUCGAAUCUAUUGUCGAAGGCGUCGUCACCGGUGCACUCAAAAGAGAUCGAACUCUCGUCGCUGCUCUUCUGCGCUUACACUUCCACGACUGCUUUAUCUCUGGAUGUGAUGCUUCCCUCCUCCUGGAUGGAAGCAAUAGCGAGAAGGCGGCUCCUCCAAACUUGAGCGUACGAGGCUAUGAUUUGAUUGAUGCAGUGAAGAUUCAGGUAGAGAAGGCAUGUCCUGGAGUUGUAUCUUGUGCUGAUAUUAUUGCGAUGGCUACUAGAGAUGCUGUCAAUUGGGCCGGAGGAGGACGAUAUGGCGUUGAAACUGGACGGAGAGAUGCCUUACAACCAGCCAAUAUCGUCGAUCUUCCCGGGCCUUCAAUAUCUGUCAAUGACUCCAUUGCAGCCUUCUCCAAAAGGAACCUUAAUGUUACAGAUAUGGUUUAUCUUCUUGGUGGCCACACUGUUGGUGUAUCACGAUGCAUUUUCUUCAUGGAUCGCCUAUAUAAUUACAAGAACACAGGGGAACCCGACCCGACAAUCGAUCCGUGGUUUCUGGACGACCUGCAAACCCGAUGUCCUCAAGAUUCCGACGGCGAGAACACCGUAUUUCUUGACCAGAACUUUAUGAGUUCUUUUGUGGUUGACAACUCAUUCCAUAAGCAGAUCUCGCGACGAAGAGGGAUACUUGAGAUUGAUCAACAACUUGCUUUGGAUCCAUUGACAAAAGAUUUCGUGUCGAAUGUGGCAUUUCGAUCCGACUUCGCCUUCAAGUUUGGACAAGCAAUGAUCAAGAUGGGAAGAUUUCAAGUUCUGACUGGUUCUGAAGGGGAGAUUAGAAGAACAUGUGAGGCGGUUAAUUGAAUUAUUAUGUAUAUGAUGAUCAUAAAAUUC